AUGGGUUCAUUACCCCAAGCAACUCCGUUUAGGGUCGCCAUCGUCAAGGCCUACGAGAUCGACGAGCCAAAGCACAGGGGGAUGCUACAGUCGUUCCGAGAUAACGUCCUGCACCAAGUUCCAGAUGCAAUCAUCGACGCAUACCGACCGAUGAAGGAAGACGGUCACCUCCCUGCGCCUGCGGACUACGAUCUCAUCGUCAUCACCGGCGGACUGAGCAACCUAUGCCAGGCGACUUAUGAGCCUUGGGUCGACACCACGCUAGAAUGGAUUCGCCAAGUGGUGGGGCAGCAACACAUCACCAGGACGAAGCUGCUCGGCAUCUGCUGGGGUCACCAGGCAAUCGCAACAGCUCUUUCUGGCAAAGUCGGGAGUUUUGAACAUCCAAGAGUUGGCGUCGAGGACCUUGCUCUGAACGAUGACGGCAAAGCAGUCUUUGGAAAGGAGUCGCUAAAAAUCACAAAAUUCCACAAGCGCUUCGUGCAGGACGUUCCGAGUGGCUUCAAGCCACUGGCGCCGGACAAUGAGAUUCUUGUGUCCGAUUCUGGGCUCAUUCUGUCGCUUCAAGGCCAUCCCGAGAUUUACGGAGAGCUGUCCAGACAAAUUUUCAACAUGAACGUGCCGUAUUACAGAGCGACACUGCCAACCGAGGACGAUCUUCAGCGAUACUACUCUGAGAUGUCCUCGAGUGAGCAAGAUGCCAAGCUGAUUUUCCAGAAGGUUACUCAGUGGGCCCAGUCAUGA